GUAGGCACUGCAGGUAAUGCUCAUCAGCGCCUCAGUUCAUAUUAUUCGAUAUCGAAAGGAGUAAAGAGUAAGGAGAUCUAGAUCAAGUUCAACAAGAGAAAAUCACAAUGGGGCUCAAGAACACAAUUUUGUUGUCCUUGUUUUUUGUAGCUUUGGUUGCAAAGAAAGGCUUGGCAGCGCAGCAUGUAGUUGGGGGCAGCCAAGGUUGGGAACAAUCCACAGACCUCAACUCAUGGGCAUCCUCUCAGAAAUUCAAGGUUGGCGAUCAACUUGUUUUCAAGUACUCUUCGAUGCAUAGCGUCGUCGAGCUACCUAACGAGAGCGCCUUCAAGAACUGUGACCUUGGCAGUGCACUAGACACUAAGAAGGGAGGAAACGACGUCGUGAAGUUGAACAAGGCCGGCACAAGAUAUUUUGCUUGUGGUACUUUAGGCCACUGUGAUGGAGGCAUGAAGGUGAAGAUCACUACUGUUGCUGCAGGAAGCAAUACAGCUUCUUCUCCGGCAUCAUCUUCAUCCUCGGACGAUGAUGAUUCUUCUUCGGAUGCUUCCACCACUACUUCAACUACUACUAUUUCUGCAGCUUCUGCCAACUUCAAUUCUUUCAAUUCAUUCGUUGCGAUGACUGCAGUAUCGGCACUCGUUCUGGUUUAUGUGUUUUGAGCUAGAGAGAUACAGAUAUAUGCUGGAGUACUGUUAAUGGAAUUGACUAGUUAAUCCAUAUUAUUUUUGUUUCGAUGUAUUUCAGAAUAAAAGUGGCAGGGCUAUUUGCUAUAUGACCCUGUCCUGAUUUUUGUAAUUUGCGUCCAUGAAUUUUGAUCUUGUUAUUAGAAACUA